AUGGCGGCUGAUAUUAUUUCAACAGUUGAAUUUAAUUACUCUGGUGAUCUUCUUGCAACAGGAGACAAAGGUGGCAGAGUGGUUAUAUUUCAAAGGGAACAAGAGAAUAAAAGCCGUCCUCAUUCUAGGGGAGAAUAUAAUGUUUACAGUACCUUUCAGAGUCACGAACCUGAAUUUGACUACUUGAAAAGUCUAGAAAUUGAGGAAAAAAUUAAUAAAAUUAGGUGGUUACCACAACAGAAUGCUGCUCAUUUCCUGCUGUCUACAAAUGAUAAAACUAUUAAAUUAUGGAAAAUAAGUGAAAGGGAUAAAAGAGCCGAAGGUUAUAAUUUAAAAGAUGAAGAUGGAAGACUUAGGGAUCCUUUCAGAAUCACAGCACUACGGGUGCCAAUAUUGAAACCCAUGGACCUAAUGGUAGAAGCGAGUCCCAGAAGGAUAUUUGCAAAUGCACAUACUUAUCACAUAAACUCUAUUUCAGUAAAUAGCGAUCAUGAAACAUACCUUUCUGCAGAUGACCUAAGAAUUAAUCUAUGGCACUUAGAAAUCACAGAUAGAAGUUUUAAUAUUGUAGAUAUUAAGCCUGCUAACAUGGAGGAGCUGACAGAAGUGAUUACUGCUGCAGAGUUCCACCCUCAUCACUGUAACGUGUUUGUCUACAGCAGUAGCAAAGGAACUAUUCGACUGUGUGACAUGCGUUCCUCGGCCCUCUGUGACAGGCAUUCGAAAUUUUUUGAAGAACCUGAAGAUCCUAGCAGCAGAUCAUUUUUUUCAGAAAUAAUAUCAUCGAUAUCUGAUGUAAAAUUCAGUCACAGCGGUCGAUACAUGAUGACAAGAGACUACCUUUCUGUUAAAGUGUGGGACCUCAAUAUGGAAAACAGGCCUGUAGAGACAUAUCAAGUUCAUGAGUAUCUUCGAAGCAAGCUUUGUUCCCUUUACGAAAAUGACUGCAUCUUCGACAAAUUUGAAUGCUGCUGGAAUGGUUCUGAUAGUGCUAUCAUGACUGGAUCGUACAACAAUUUCUUUAGAAUGUUUGACCGAAACACGCGACGGGACAUCACUCUAGAGGCGUCCAGGGAGAGCAGCAAACCUCGUGCCAUCUUAAAGCCGCGUAAAGUGUGUACAGGUGGUAAAAGAAAGAAGGAUGAAAUAAGCGUUGACAGUCUGGACUUCAACAAGAAGAUUCUUCAUACAGCAUGGCAUCCCAUGGAGAACAUCAUUGCUGUAGCUGCCACCAAUAAUUUGUAUAUAUUCCAGGACAAGAUUAACUAAAGAUGACUUAUUGAGGACAGAGUCGUCGUCUUGCAUAGUUAAGCUCAGUUGUUUAUCUGUAAAAGAGAAGGCCUUGUUGUCCUACCAGUGAAGAACAUUGAUGCACUUACUUCCCUCUAGAUAAAGGAGAGGAUCUGGCCUGGGUUUUGAGUUCAUGGUGUCGUUCUGCCUUCAGUGGGGGUAGGGAGUGUCAGCCGCGGUGUUCUGGGAGAACCCCUCGAGAGGCAGAACUGAUGGACAGUGCUCAAUGAGGCCAAUACUCAAAACAAAUGUAUUUAUUAAAGUCUGAGCCUUCCUUUCCAGUUUAUAGACCAAAAAUUUAACACCCAAGAAGAAAAAUUGUCAUAAAAAUGUAAUUUCUAUCUCUCGCGCUCUUUCUCUGCUGUAAUAUUUGGGCCUUUCAAAACAUAUAUUGUGCUUAAUGCCUGUAAACAUUCCUCCUCUGGCCUGUAUCUAGGCUUAGGUGUUUUUACCUUUGAGCACUUAGGUAGGUCUUGAGUUGGGUUCGUAGACAGGUUUCCAUGAAUAUUUACUCACCAACUGUAUCUAUACCCACACCUUCUGGUGUAAACCACUUAAUAAAAUAACAAGCUAUAAAAAGUGUUUUUAAAUCUGAAGGUAUGUAUUCAGUCUUUUUAUUUUUUUAUUGCAUGUACUGAGAUUGUGCAAAAUAAUUCUGAUGGGCAGGUUUUAAAAUGUUUGCUCCAAAACACUGAUUUUUGGCAGACUAAUACAAACGUUUUUGUGUAGUGUCUCAAAUUCUAAAUUUAGAGUUUCCAUGAAAUUGUCAUUUAGUUUCAGUUGCACUGGUUUUCGUGUAGAAUGCUGUCUGUGUACCAA